GCACGGCAGAAACAGCUGGAGGACUGGCUUCCGAUCACCGGAUCCAGAAAAGCCAAAUGGUGGUAUUCGGCUUUUCACAAUCUCACUGCCAUGGUUGGUGCUGGUGUUCUUAGCCUUCCUUUCGCCAUGUCACGUAUGGGAUGGGGACCGGGGGUGAUAGUGCUGGUACUAUCAUGGACAAUCACGUUGUUCACGCUGUGGCAGAUGGUGGAGAUGCACGAGAUGGUGCCGGGGAAGCGAUUCGACCGGUACCACGAGCUAGGGCAGCAUGCUUUUGGGGAGAAGCUGGGCCUCUACAUAGUGGUGCCGCAGCAGCUGGUGGUGCAGGUGGGAACUUGCAUUGCGUAUACUGUCACGGGAGGCCACUCUUUGAAGAAAGCCCACGACUCCAUUUGCUCUGACUGCUCCACCUUCAAGAGCUCCUGGUGGAUUGUCAUUUUCGCCUCCAUCAACUUCGUCCUCUGUCACUUCCCCAACUUCAAUUCCAUGUCCGCUGUCUCCUUCGCUGCUGCGGUCAUGUCUCUCACGUACUCGAUCAUCGCUUGGACAGCUUCAUUGGCAAGAGGGUUUCAACCAGACAUCAGCUACGCGAUCAAGGCACGUAGCACGGCGGACGCCACCUUCAAUUUCUUCACGUCGUUGGGGGACGUGGCGUUUGCGUACGCCGGCCACAGCGUGGCUCUGGAGAUCCAAGCCACCAUACCUUCCACGCCGGAGAAGCCUUCCAAGGGUCCCAUGUGGAGGGGAGUCAUCUGGGCCUACGUCGGAGUCGCCUUCUGCUAUUUCCCUGUUGCCAUUGUGGGAUAUUACGUCUUUGGAAAUUCCGUCGCCGACAAUGUCCUCGUCGGUUUGGAGCAUCCUAGGUGGCUCAUUGCGGCUGCUAACAUCUUCGUUGUAAUUCAUGUUAUUGGAGGCUAUCAGGUGUAUGCAAUGUCGGUGUUCGAUAUGUUGGAAACCUACUUGGUGGUGAAAUUGAAGUUUCCUCCUUCCAUUCUCCUUCGCUUCAUUACUCGCACUAUAUAUGUCGUGGUAACAAUGAUCAUUGCCAUAGCGAUCCCCUUCUUUAGUUCCCUUCUUGGAUUCCUCGGAGGUUUUGCCUUUGCUCCAACAUCAUACUUUCUUCCCUGUAUCAUAUGGCUUAAAAUCUACAAACCCAAGCGGUUUUCCUUAUCAUGGAUGGUUAAUUGGACCUGCAUCAUUCUUGGUAUUCUACUGAUGACGCUAUCUCCAAUCGGUGCUUUGAGGAAUAUCAUCCUUUCAGCAAAGGACUACAAGUUCUUCUCAUGA